AUGUGCGAGAUUAGAGCCAAAACGAAGGAAAAUGAAAAUUUUGAUUUUCAGCGCCACAUGAAGCGCUCCACGCCACCUGUGCCGCCAGAGGCAGAAUGCUCAAUAAGCCAGUGCCUGGGCCAACGUGGGGCGCUUGGCUGGAUGCUGGUGAAAAGAAAUUUGUCCAAGUUUGCUGAGACAAGUUCUAUUGGGGUUUCAUGGUGGAUGUCGAGCAGGAAGAGUGAUUGGAUAUUGCUCGGUGAAUUGCUUGGUGAAUGGCGUAUCGGUUACGUCCUUUCGGGUUAUUGUGGUAUUCAGGCAUCACAGAGUCCGCUCCCGAGUGAUGAUUCUCCCAGUUCAGGUAGUGAUUCAGAGAUUACGAGGUUAUUAGCAUCAGUUUGUGCGAUUGAUGAAUAUAUCCUCAUUGGCUCAUUUCUUCAAAAAUUUAGGGACACAUUUCUUUCUGAUCUUGAUUUAGAAUCUCUCAACGCUGAUCCAGGAGAUAGAAAGCCUAUUACAGAAUACAACCCUAAUAUACGUGAUGAAGUUAGAAGACAUUAUAUUCAAAAAAAGCCUUGUCAGCUAGCGAAUCAUGAUUUUCCUAAAACUAAGUUUGGGAAGAUAAUGAGUCAGUUUUGUCCUGGUUGGUUUAAGGGUCAACAUUCUAAGUGGUUGGAGUACAAUAUAUCAAAAGAUGCUGCAUAUUGUUUGUGUUGUUAUUUGUUCAAAAAUGAACAUGAAAUUCAUGGAAAUACGGGAGAUGCUUUUACAAAGAAUGACUUUAAAGCUUGGAACAAGGCUAUUGAAAGAUUUAAAGCUCAUGUUGGAGAAGUAAAUAGCAUCUACAACAAGUGUUUCAAUAGGAUUCUUGAUUUAAAGAAUCAAUCACAAUCAAUUCGCACUUCUUUUGACAAACAAUCUGAGAAAGAAAAAAGUUUGCCAUUUCGUGGGCAUGAUGAGAGUCAAUCUUCUACAAAUAGAGGUAUUUUUCUUGAGCUUUUGCAAUGGUAUGGGGAUAUUGAUCGGGAUGUUGGAAGCAUUAUAUUAGAAAAUUCUCCAAGAAAUGAAAUGAUGUAUUCUCCAAGUAUUCAAAAAGAUAUUGUUGAUGCUUGUGCCAAAGAAACAGUCAAAGCUAUCAUUGAAGACAUGAAUGGGGAUUUUUUCGGGAUAUUAGUUGAUGAAUCAAAAGAUAUAUCACACAAGGAGCAAAUGGCACUUGUUUUGAGAUAUGUUAACAACAAAGGUGAAGUCAUAGAGACAUUUGUUGGUAUUGUUCAUGUUAGUAAUACAUCGGCUAUGUCAUUGAAAAAGGAAAUCUGCUCUUUUCUUUCUGAUCACUCAUUAAGUCCAACGCAAAUACGUGGGCAAGGUUAUGAUGGGGCUAGUAACAUGCAGGGAGAGCUAAAUGGUGUUAAGACUUUAAUUUUCAAUGAGUCUCCAUCAGCAUAUUGCAUUCACUAUUUCGGUCACCAAUUGCAAUUAACACUUGUGGCUAUUGCAAAGAAGCAUUCAGAUGUAGAUGACUUUUUUUGGAUUUGCUUCGAGAACAUCAAGCUGAAAGGUUAUAAGAUUUGCUCAAAUCAGAUUAUUCAUGUUCUUGAAUUUACUGCACGUGAGUGUCCAAACUAUGCUGACAGAAUUGUUGCUGAAAGUCUUAUGGGUAAGAUUAAGGAAUUUGAUUUUGCUUUUAUGUUGCACUUGAUGCUAAAUGUUUUAACAAUGACAAAUGAGUUGAGUUGUGCGUUACAAAGGAUGGAUCAAGAUAUUGUCAAUGCUAUGGGACUUCUUGCUCUUACAAAGUAA